AUGAUUCCUGCCUUUGGCCCCGAAUAUUCUCUCGGGGCGCGACUCAACUUUGCCUUGUUUGUUGAUGAUGUUUGUUUGGAGUCUUUGGUCCAUAUGGACCAGCCCUUAGUGAAGAUCCUGAACAAGCAAUGGGGAAAUUUGACUCUCGAGGAGAGGAAGUACAAAAUUGACCCUGACUGGCACGAUGGAGUUACUGAGGAAGAGGAAGAAGAUGUUGGAUGGAUGUACAUGUCUGUCACAGACUACGUCGAUAUGUAUGAUAAGUUCGAGUGGGCUCACACUGGCGUCUGGCAUGCUACCUAUCUUCAGCCUCCUCAAACGAUGGACUAUUAUAAUGAUAUCGAGAGCCAACCAGGCUUCUGGCGGGCUUGA